GCCAUUUGACAUUUAAUCAACAUUGUGAAGUGUCAAAUUGCUAAAGAAUGUUUUAUUUAUAAAAGUUUAAAAUUAAUCCGAUGAUGUUGAAUGAAAGUGCAACGACACAAGCCGUUUAAAAGUAGUUAUGUAUUCGCAAACCACAUCCGCAAUUGAUUUCCUGGUUGGAUAAAAACUUUAAUAAUUUUGUUUUUAUUAAUAUUUUAUUAGAAAUGUCUGCAACGUUUGGCUACAGUCGAGAAGCUGUUCGAGUUAAAGUAAAGAAAUGUGAAGGAUCCCUGCAACCUGAAUUUAGAAAAUUUAGUGUAGAUCCUCAAAUAACAUCUUUCGAAGUUUUACAAAGUAUUUUAGCUAAAGCGUUUGAUUUAAAAGGGGAAUUUGCAAUUAGUUAUAAGGCUCAAGAUGUUAACUGCUGUGAGACUUACAUGCCAUUACUUACCGAUUGGGAAUUGGAAUCAGCAUUUAUAAAAGCUCACAAUUCUUCUAUGGUGACUGCCACCGAACCUUGCUUAUGCUUACGAGUCGACUUAAAAUCUUUCGAGGAAUGUCCUGAUGAAUGGGAAGUUAAAACACCAAUUAUUACUCAAAUAAGAUUACAAGAAAAUAAAACUGCACCAAGAUUACAUGGAAUAUUUAAUCAAGUGGGAAAAACCUUAAAUAUGGUACAAAGAGCUUUUAAUUUUGGGGAAGAUGGCAACAUUUCCAUUCAACCAACAAGACCACCACUUUCCGACGCUGAAUUUCGUAAGUUUUUGGACCCUUUGGGACAAAUUGUUCAUAUCAAAGAAUUAAGAUCGUUUAUUUAUUUUGGAGGGAUUGAUCCAAGUUUAAGAAAAGUGGUUUGGAAACAUAUAUUAAAUGUGUACCCUGAUGGAAUGACCGGAAAAGAACGAAUGGAUUACAUUCGCAAAAAAGCCUUGGAAUAUGUACAAUUAAAAGAAACUUGGAAAGCUGCUAUUGCUGCAGGCCCAGUUGUUGGAGAAUUAGCUUAUACAACGGGAAUGGUUAAAAAAGAUGUUUUGAGGACUGAUAGACAUCAUCCAUUUUAUGCAGGAAGUGAUGAUAAUCAAAAUAUAGCGUCUUUAUUUAAUAUUCUAACUACAUACGCAUUAAAUCAUCCAAAAGUAAGUUACUGCCAAGGAAUGAGUGAUUUAGCUUCUCCAUUAUUAGUCACAAUGGGUGAUGAAGCUCAUGCUUACAUUUGCUUUUGUGCACUUAUGUCAAGAUUAAGCACCAAUUUUAUGAUAGAUGGUAUUGCAAUGACACAAAAAUUCACUCAUUUAGCUGAGGGGCUUUUAUACUACGACUCUGAGUUCUAUAAUUAUUUAAAAAUUCAUCAAGCUGAUGAUUUACUAUUUUGCUAUCGUUGGUUAUUACUUGAAAUGAAGCGCGAAUUUGCUUUUGAUGAUUCGUUGAGGAUGUUGGAGGUGUUGUGGAGUUCUCUUCCGCCAGAUCCCCCAGAAAAAGAAUUAAAAUUGUUCGAUUCUAAAUUUCAUUUACCCUCGGUCACUCCGCCUAUUAGUCCAAUGGUAAAAACACCAAGAGAAAAUGCGUACACAAAAGUUUGCGCUUUAAGGCGACAAAGUUCAUCAAUCUCUUUAGCUAGUUAUUCAAGUAAAAAAAGCACUGCCGUAAAACGGCAAAAUCAUAGUUUGGAUGAAACUAUUGGGAGGAUUAAAAAUAUUUAUGACACUAAACCAAAGCAUCAAAGCUUAGAUGAUGCUAGUUUAUUAAAACGUUCGCCACCAAAAUCACUUAAAAACAUUGAUAGUUGCGAUAAUAAUAGUUUAUCAGGAAAAUUGGAAUUAAGACCUCGGUCUGUUUCUCCUCUGGAGCAAAAAUCAGAUUCAAUAAUUUUAAAUAAUAACAAAUUAAACUCGCAAAUAAUGUUGGAAAAAACGAGAAGUAAUAGCUUAUCAUCAAGCAUGACUAAUUUAAUAAAAACAACAAAAAGAAAUGGACAUUUUAAAGAAUUAAAAGAAAAAAUCACUAAUAACAAAAUAAAUAUUUUUUCUUCAUUAGAUGGUUUAGAUACUGUUAAAGAUGAUAAAGGUGAUAAUAAACCAAAAGGAAAAAUGGUUAAAAACUUUAACGAAUUUUUAAAUUUCGCAGCAGUUAAUAAAAACAAAAUAUCAGAUAAAUUAACAAAAAUAAACACAUAUUCCGAAUUAGAUAAACCAAAAAUUAUGUUAACAAAAUCAAGUUUUGAAGAAUCCGAAUCUUCAAGUUACGAAAAAACCUCAACAAAUUUCGAAAAACCCUCAUCAACAUCAAACGACGACACAUUCGAUGAAUGCAGCCCCGAUGAUUCACAAGAAUAUUUUCCAAUGACAACUUCAGUUACGAGAGAAUUACGGAUUGAAUUAGAAAAUUUAGAUCGUCAGGUAUUCGGAAACGGUUAUAACGAGCGUUUGUUAGAAUCUGAAUCCCCAUCGAGCGAUUGUAACGAAACGAAAUCGAUUGAAAUUAACAUUAAAAAAAGUUCCGACCAAAUUGAUUCAAAUCCAAAUAUUUUAAAAGAUAAUACUAAAAAAAGUCGGGAUGAUAUUUUUAUAUGGCAAAAUCCACUUCAUGAGUCAAGUCCGAAUACGGUGAAACAAAUUAAUCCUUCUAUUCAUACUCCAGAUGAACAAUCUGAAUUAGAAUUUGAUUCGGAGUUGGGACAAAUGGUUGAUGAAGUUUCAUCGAAUAAAACGAUAACACCAAUUAAAAUAUUAAAUCAUUCAAUUAAUAUUAAUAAAAAAAUUCAUAAUGAGAAGAAUAAAAAAAUUGAAACUGAAAUGAAAUCAUCAGAAAACACCAAUUUAAAUGAAGAUUUAAGUGAUUUCUUAAAAACUGAUCUUCCAAAUCUAACAAGUUCUUGCGAAGAAGUUACUGAAGUACCAAGAAGUACGUUUUUACCACCACCCACUGAAUUUGGUGGUGGUAAUCCGUUUUUAAUGUUUUUAUGUAUUACUGUUUUAUUGCAACAUCGUGAUCAUAUAAUUGGAAAAGCCAUGGAUUACAAUGAAAUGGCUAUGCAUUUUGAUAAAAUGGUUCGUAAACAUAACGUUGUAAAAGUUUUAAAUCAAGCUAGACAAAUGUAUGCUAAAUAUAUGAUGGCUCAACAAAAAGUUACUAUUCGAAAUGAAGAUUGCUAAUUUUUAAUGUUUCUUUUUUGCUUUAUUUUCUGUGAUACUUCCAUUAUUUUUUAUGAUUUUGUGGAAAAUUGGGGCUACAUUUUUUUUUCUUGGUAGAUAUAAUUACGUAGGGCCUAAGUACGUAAAUUAUACUUACAUUAUUGUAAUACAUGUAAAUAUAAAUGAGGAAAAAAAUGAGUUGGGUUGGUUCUAUAUUAAAUAAUUAAUUAGGCUAAAAAAUCUUUUAAAAUAAUUGUUUUUGCUUAUUUUAAACGAUUUUUAUAUAACUGUAUUUAUUUAUUUUUAGAUUAGGUUAAUUUUUGUUGUUGUUGUACAUGAUGAGUCAUGAAGAAAUAGGAAAUUUUUAAUUGUACUGAAUUAUUUUAGUGGUUUGAGACUACAAUUGAUUUAUUGUUAGGGGCGAAACCUGAUUUUAGGAUAAAUUAGGUAAUGAUAAAACAAUAUGUUCAUGCUGGGGUGAAAUAUACAAUUUAUUUAAAUCGUCACAACCGUUAACUCCAAGAUUUUGCAACUCGCUAAGAAUAAAUUAAAAUCUUCAACCCUACUCAAUAAAUUGAAGCGAUAUAUUAACGUUAUAUAGCAUGGUAUUUACAUACAUGAUGGAUCCAUUAUGGGAAGGUAUGUAACUCUGUAGAUGUUUGUAUUUGUCUUACAAACUUGUAAUUAAAAAGUUGCUAGCACAUGAAACGGCUACAAAAAUAGUCUAAGAAGAUCGUCCAAAGCUCUGAAAUGAUAGCAACAUCCCAAGUUGAUUUUUCGAGAACGCAAGUAGAUUGAUAGAUCUUCAGUGAGGAAAUAAUUUCGUAGAGUAUUAUUUAUGGGUACCUCCAUACGCUUCGUUUUUCAUCACUCAACAUUAAGGCUGCAGUGGAAGGCGUUUGUGAGUCACUUUCCUGAACUGUCCAGGCCCUGAUUAUUAUACAUGAUUUACUACCUAUUCAACAACUUCCAAGAGAAACUCCAGAAUGUUCCACAAUGUUGUUUUUGCGUUAAGUAACUUCAAACACCCUCGAGCAGUGAAUAUCCAAACAUGGUGGUGCUUAUGUUUUAGUCACCAGAAAACCAAGUCAGCGGCGGCCAGUACUUAAAUUUUAUCUUUCUCCUAAAUGAUCCCUAGUUCAAGUAUUUUCAUCUAUAUUAGAUGAUAUUGCUCAUUUUAUGCCUGGAAAAGAAAAUCAAGUGCAUAACACUCUAAUUUAUUCUCACUUCACCGAGAUCGCUUGCGGACGAGGCGCUAGAGCCGAUGGUUUAGUUUAUAUGAGCUUUAUAUCAAUAUAAUUGCAUAUCCAGGCAAUCAAUCCGCAAAACCAUCGUUGCUUUUGACUGACAAGAAUUAGAUAAGGAAAACCAUUUGAUAAAAAGUUGUAAAGCGUGGGCCACUAGGCUGCUUGCCAGUCGCGAGUUGCUGUCAGCCAUCAAUCAGCUUGGUGUGAGCAUAAAGUUCGACACUCUCGCCGCCACCCGUCUAUUUGUCAGCGGCUAGUGAAAUUGGACAUGUUCUAUUUUGGUAGCCAGGUAGCGGAGGCUAGCAGGUCACGUGACUCACUCACACCCACUGCCAUCAGCGGCAAGUAAACCAGCAUGUGCCACGUGGUCCUUUGUUUAUGUUUGGUUGUUUACUGCUUAAUUAAUUGUUUACGUGGACCCACAGACGAGGUGGACCCGCUUCAACUUGAAGACACAAGCUAGUGUGACUUGUGACACUUCCCGACUAGAAUUGCGUUCAUCAAAAUUUUUAAUUUGACCUGAAAUUUUCAAUGUUAGCAUUGAAGCAUUAGACUUUUAUCAUGCGUUUUUAUACGCCUCCAUUUCCGGCCUCUCUUGAGGACCACACUUCUUCUAUUUUCAUCUUACUCUUACUGUGUGGACCUUUUUUGGAGUUUUCUUUCAACCUCUUCAACAACUUGGAUUUUCUUUCUUCUAGCAUAUAGCACAAUGCCCUUUUCUCUAUAGCUUCCAACAUCUCUGCGUUCCGGAUGUAAUAUCAAGUAUUCAUUGCUGAACGCAGAAUUCUAUUUCCAAUUUCUUCACAUUUUUGUGAUUCUUCAAAAUUUCCACUCCAUAUGUGAACUGCGACGAUAUUAUAGCUUCUGUUAUUUUAACCUCUGUUGUUGUUGGAGUGACUGUGCUCUUAUCACGAAGCAUAGCUUAUUUGUCGUUCUUCUCGCAAUGCCUAGCCUCUUAGCUGCUUGCUUUUCGGCGUUAAGAUCCCUAGGUAUGUGAUUUCUUUCUUCAUCUCUAUCUUCUUUGGGAUGUCUAGAGAGCUUUUCUUGCUAAAGCCUAGUAUUCUCCGUAUUCAAUCCAAUCCUCCAUUGAUUGCAGUACCAUAAUUUGAACAUCUAAAGAAUGUCCCAAAAAAAUCAAAUAGUUUCGUACAAGAAACAAUUUAAACAUGAAAUCGUCAAAAUCUAUUAAGCAGGGUUGAGUUAUAAUUUGAAAUAUUAUUAACACAAUUAUUGAAGGAUUUGUGACUCAUCUUGUAGAACAACAAAUCAAAAAUGCUACUAGGGGUGGAUGAUAACAGAUUUAAAUCUAUGUUUCACCCUCUAUUUUCUUACUUAUACAUUUUGCCUUCCAUAACUAUCUUCCUUUAAAUGAAUAAAUUAAAAUUAAUUUUUAAUUAAAAUAUUGGUUGUGGAAAUUGUGAGAGAAAAGUUUGAAAUGCAAUUAUAUCAAAAAAAAUCAUUCCAUGUACUUAAAAUUUAAAUUAUUUCAUCACUAAAUUAUUUUAGGUAAUUACAAGUUAAUAAAAUAAGAUGUUUAAAACGGAAAUUGAUAAAACAGCAAUAUUAGUGAUAACUAAAUUAAAUAUUUAAGUUAUUAUGUAUAAAAUAAAAAUUGUUUAUUAUAUAAACAAUCAUUCUUAUUACUUACUUAUUAAUUGGUUUUAUCACAUUAUUCAAUGUCUUCUUAGUUAACAAAUAAAAUAAAAAAAAAAUAUUUAAAUACGUAUA